AUGGUUCAUCUUCCGGAAGACGCUCCUUCACCGAGGCUUUGCUUAGUGGAGAAGUCAUCGCCAGAUCAGGAAUAUGGCUACAAUCUGCAUGCUGAAAAAGGACGGGGUCAAUUUGUCGGGAUGGUUGACAAGGGCUCUCCAGCAGACUUGGGUGGACUCCGUAUGGGCGAUCGCAUAUACGCCGUGAAUGGACACAGCAUCAUUGGCGAAAGUCAUAAGAAGGUCGUCGAAAGGAUUAAGGAGAACGCAGUUCGCUGUGAAAUGCUGGUAAUCUCGGAAGAAGGAGCUCAGUGGUAUCAAGAACAUGGAAUUGAGAUCAAUAUGCAACUACCAAAUAUUCAGAGAGUCGGAGCACAGAGUCGUCGAGGAACACAAGCAAACGGCAGUCCGCCACCUGCCGCUGGUUGGUAUGCACCGACGAACAAGGCUGCUGAUCCAGUGUUUGUCGCCCCACCACCUCCACACGAGGAUCACGCCAUGAACAAACCGAGAGCUCGACUUUGCAAACUUGAGAAAUCUUCACAGUCAGAGGAAUUCGGCUUCAACCUUCACGCAGAGAAAGGCCGUGGCCAUUUUAUUGGUACAGUUGACCAAGGUGGAAUAGGAGACCGUGCAGGUCUUCGUAUGGGCCAGCGUAUUGUUGGAGUAAACGGUGUUCUUGUGUAUCCGAACACGCCUCAUAAGGAAGUUGUUGCCCAAAUCAAGCGUUCACCUCUGCGCACCACACUACUAGUUGCUUCAGAAGAAGUGGAUAGAUGGUAUAAAGAACACAAUGCCGAAUAUUCAUUCGACUAUGUUGAGGAGGAAACGUCGAGUGUUAACCAAAUCAGCCCACACAGUAUACACAUAAGCGACGAAGAAGAGCUCCCACAACUACGAUACAAAGCACCACUUCAGUCUCCUGAGGACGCCCACGAUAUUGGAGUAGAAGAAGUGCACGAAGUAGAAGAGCAUCAUCACGAAAGCGAAUCUCAUGUGUCAAUUGCGAAAGAGGAGCCUCUGGAGCCGGAAGCGACCCACGAAGCGACAACAGAAAGCCCAGACAAUCUCAUGGAUCAAGUGUUCUCAGUGCUACCUCAGAUCACAACAGAAGGCGUGAUCGCCGAACCACCGGAGCCGGAAACUUUGCAAAAAGCUGAAGAAAUGCCGGAAGUGACGGACCGUAAAGAAUCGCACGCCAUCUCAACGCAUUCGUCUCGGGAAAGCGCCGUCGAUGUGGCUGUUUCUGCACCGCAUUAUGUACCAACAUAUCAUCCUCCACCUAUGGAGCCCUCACCACCUGCCCCACCACAAGUUUCUCCUCCGAGCAGUUUGAAUGGUUAUCCUACUUCAACAGACAGUGUGUCGCCAAUAGUGGACAAGUUCGACAUUUUUGGUUUGUCAGCUCAAGAGGCCCGUGAAAGAUUGCGUCAGAAUAAGAAGAACAUCCAUCGUGGAUUUGAUAUGUCAUUGGAAGAGAAGUACAGAUUGGUCAGCAACAUGUAA